UGGGUCACAGACAGAGCUGUUGCCCGCAGCGUCCCUUUCGCAAUCAAUAGAUAGGAGUUUCAACUCAAAUCAACCUCCGAAGAAACCAGCAACCAUCGACUGAACUGUCUAUCUCUCCGGAUACUUUUCGCAAGCUUCAGGUUGAUCGCAAUGAUUGCCUGUGAAGACCGCCAAUAAACAUAUCGGUUGCUCGUAGCGUGCGUGGCCGGCUCCAUGGCGACAGUGCGCAUAUGUGUCUGUGGCGAUGAAGGGACGGGGAAGUCCAGCUUGAUAACAUCGCUGGUGAAAGACAUCUUUGUGACGAAUAAAAUACAAUCGGUUCUGCCGCAUAUCACUAUCCCACCAAGCAUCGGCACCCCAGAGAAUGUUACCACGACAAUCGUCGAUACAUCUGCCCUGCCACAAGAGAGAAACACGUUACGCAAGGAAAUCCGAAAGUCAAAUGUUAUUCUGCUGGUAUACUCGGAUCACUACAGCUAUGAGCGCGUAGCUCUGUUCUGGAUGCCGUAUUUUCGGUCGCUUGGUGUCAACGUCCCCGUUGUGCUUUGUGCAAACAAGUCCGACAUUACCGCAAAUGGCACUACUGCGCAGGUUGUGGAAGAUGAGAUGCUCCCGGUGAUGGCGGAGUUCAAAGAAAUCGAUUCUUGCAUCAGAACAAGCGCGCGCGAACAUCACAAUGUCAACGAAGUCUUCUUCCUGUGUCAAAAGGCUGUGACACACCCUAUCGCCCCACUUUUUGAUUCGAAAGAAGGCGUGCUGAAGCCUUCAGCAGUAGCUGCUCUACGGAGGAUCUUCUAUCUGUGUGAUAAGGACCAGGACGGCUAUUUGAACGACCAGGAGAUGCACGCCUUUCAGGCCAAAUGCUUCCAGAAACCCUUGUCGCCAGAUGAUCUCGAGAACAUCAAGCUAUCCAUAACACGGGGCUCCGAGCGGUCAACUGUGGAUCAGGGUAUUGAUAUCGAUGGGUUUAUACACUUAAACAAGAUUUUUGCGGAGAAGGGUCGCCAUGAGACUAUUUGGAUCAUCCUGAGGACGUUCCAGUACACCGACAGUCUCAGCCUUAAGGAUAGCUUCCUCAACCCAAAGUUUGACGUCCCCGAAUACGCCUCAGCCGAACUUAGCCCAGCUGGGUACCGGUUCUUCGUUGAUUUAUUUCUGGUCUUUGAUAAGGACAACGAUGGCGGACUUAACAACGACGAACUUGCUGCACUAUUCGCCCCAACCCCUGGUUUACCGCAAUCAUGGAACGAUUCCUCCUUCCCUUCCUCCACAGUGCGCAACGAUGCUGGUCUUGUUACUCUUCAGGGCUGGCUGGCCCAAUGGAGUAUGACGACGUUCGUCGAACCUAAAACUACUCUGUCGUACCUGGCGUACCUUGGCUUUGAACCCGCAAGCUCGCGUGAAUCUACGACGGCUGCCCUGAAAAUAACCAAGGCUCGCAAGAGGCGCCGACGACCAGGCCGUGUUGAACGCAAUGUAAUGCUGUGUUACGUUCUCGGGGCCCCAGGUUCUGGAAAAUCAUCGUUACUGGACGCUUUCCUCAAUCGGCCGUUCGAUUCGCUGUAUCAUCCAACCAUCAAACCUCGCACUGCUGUCAAUAGUGUGGAGCUUCAGGGCGGCAAGCAAUGCUACCUCAUUCUGGAGGAACUUGGCGAGUUAGAACCUGCCAUCCUGGAGAAUACAUCGAAACUAGAGGCAUGUGAUCUGAUCUGUUACACGUACGACUCGUCCGAUCCCGAUUCAUUUUCUCACAUUGUCAAUUUGCGGAAGAAAUACCCGCACCUCGAUGAUCUUCCGAAUAUCUACGUUGCCCUCAAAGCAGACCUCGACAAGACGACGCAGAGGAGCGAGCAGCAGCCAGACCAGUACACUGUUGGCCUGAUGAUGAAUGCGCCUCUCCAUGUCAGCGUUACAUGGCAUAGCAUUAGCGAGCUAUUUGUCACACUGGCGGAGGCGGCCAUCAACCCCAGCAUCGCCUUCCCAAAGAGCGAGGAGGAGCCUCCGGACAGGACGGGCCUGUAUGUAGCCCUAGGAGCGACCGUAUGCGCGGCGGUCGCGGCAGUGAUGAUUUGGAGAAGGACAACGGCCGUUUCUUGAUGAUGCCUUGCGUGAAGCUAUCACUUCACCUGGCUAUAGUGAUACCCCACUCACAGUUUUAACCCGAUAAUAAUAAUGUAAUCGAACUAGAUAAAUAUAAUAAGAAGGUGAUCAGAAUGGUGAAUUCACCAUGAAUUGAGCCUCUUCCCGUUUA